UUUCGCUCGCGUUUAAAUAGGUUUCUGUCUAGCGGUCAAGAUGCUGGGAUCGGCAGUCACGUAUAAAAUCGUCCCCAACGUGGUUUCAGUGGUGAACAACGGACCGCUGAAGCCGUUCAUCGUGAGAAGUCAGAUCAUGCACAUGCUGUACGCAUGUCUGGCUCUGAAUGUAUUCGUCACGCUUUUGGUGUACACGUUCUUCCCGAAAUGCACUACGCCACUUAGCUACGAGUCCAAAUUGUCGAUAGAGUCGCACCAGAGCGCCAAAAUGUUUCACUCGCUUAAAACGCUCGUCUCGAAUCUCGAUUUUUGGUGUCUCGUGUUCGCCUUCACGCUGUCCAACACGAUGUCAGUUCCGUGGGCGGCGCUGAUACCGUCGAUUUUUUUCAAACACCUGCACAUGCCACCCGAAAUGUCUACCGAAACUAGUUUUUUCAUGAUCCUUCACGCUUUCGCCUUGAGCCUGUCGUUCAGCACGUUCGCGGACCGCGUCCCCGCCAACAGAAAAAGGUUCAUUCUGGCCAGCCGUUACGUGUCGACGACUUUCCUCUUUUGGUUAAUGCUCAUAAUGAACUUCAAAUUAAAGUUCACGCCAACCAUCUUGCAAUGCGUCGUCCUGAUGGCCUUUCCGUACGCUUGGUGUACCCAGUCACUCCUGUACGAAAUGGGUGUCGAAAUGAUGUAUCCGUUGCCCGAAUGUUUCGUUGCAGCUUACAUGACACUGUCGAACAAUUUGUUCGUGGAUUUCGUAUACGUAGUAUUGUAUUUUUUUCCUCGUUUCGAUCAAUACUGGAUGCACAUAUGUGUAUACUUCUUCUCUGUUCUAAGCAUUAUCUUUUUAAAUAACACGAAGGAUGUGACAAAARUAAAAAAACAUGUCCAAUGUCGAAACCAUAAGCCAUUUUGCCUGAAACAACCAACUUUUAAUCCUGAAGUAAUAGAUAAUGAUUCACACUUCAGUAAGUAG